GGCGGAGGCACAUGCAUGCACCGGGACGCACCUCGCAAAACGUGCGGUUGGAACAACAGUGUAUUCCUUAACACAAACAACCACUAUAGUGUGUGUGGUAUAUACAUACGUAUACUUUGUACUUAGUGGAACCUCUUACACAAUGGUAGUAUAAUGUAUAAUGUUCUUCUCUGGAAAAUAAUAUAUAGGGACACCGCGGUA